GAAAACCCCGAGUGCAGUUGACGAUUUAUGUGUUAAUUUUUUGGACAUUUCUUGAGGCUUCCUGCAAGGCGAAUAAGCCCAGAACACAACUUUUGCAUACCAAAAAGGCAACAGACAGAGACAAUGCACAACUUAAAGUCCAGUCUGCCGCUGCUGCUGUUGCUUUUGGCCUUGUCGCUGUGCAUAAGCUCCUGCCAUGGUGGUCGACGUCUGCGCAAGAAGCCGAAGGUCUACAAUGCACUCAUCACCACAGACGACAAUUUGACCUCGAGUCGCGCCUAUCCGGUCAUUCAACCCACCAUACACGAGCCAGGCUAUGCGCCAUUUGGGCCCUAUAACCCAUUCGGUUUCUACAGUCCGCCGCUGGUAAGAUUCGGACAGCCACUGGUGCCAGGUCUGCCGCCCAAUGAGCGGCUGCCGUAUCCACUGCCCACAGCGCCGCAAUAUCCGCCCGUCUAUACAUCCUUUGAUAUCAACCAGCCCAGCAUUGUGCCGGCGGAAGAGCAGCCACAGCCGCAACCACAACCUGAGCUGGCGCCACAAGCUCCAGCCCAGCCAGAAGAGGCAGAGCCCAAGGAGCUUAAGACCAAGGAGCAGCUGCCGCUGCCACUCAACGAACGGGGACUGCCGCCUGUUUUGAUACCACUUUCAUCUCAAUUUAGUGGCCAACCCAUGCAUCUGCCACCCUAUCCAUAUCACCAAUACCCGCUAAUCUAUGACCAGGCGGGCUAUGUUCAACAGCGCGAGAACUUGUUGCCGCCCUACGAUUACUAUCCCAGCCAGGGCUAUCCAACGCGCAGUCCUCCAGCUGCUGCGCCGGCAAUGCAACCGGCAGAGCCGGAGGUGCAGCCCUUGCCACUGGAUAGCCUCGAUGCCACGCCCAGUUUUGAUGACAUCAAAAAUGGUUCGGAGAACAAAAAUAGCGAUGUGCCCGAUGUACCGCCGCCACCAAUACCUUCCGGGCCAAAGCGCCCUAGACCAAAGGAUAAUUGAGGCGUGAUUUUUGGCGCCGGCCCCUAACAAAAUAUACGCGUAUUUAUUACCAUUUUCUUUAAGCAUUUCGAUUUGAUGUAUUUGUACGUUGUCGUUUAAUAAUAUAAUUA